UUUCAAAUAUCUAAAGCGUCCCGCUUGAUUUCGGUAAUGCUGGAAGCUCAGCUGUUGCGGCUUUGCCAAGUUGUCUCUCUUAGCCGAACUAAGCGCCGGCAUUCGAUGGCAUGAAUAAGGCAUGUCUGCGCUGCAUAUGUGCAGCUUGGAAGUAAUUUCCAACUCGGUGCCUUUUCUUAUCGAUCCGUUAUGCUUUGUCUUAUUGAUUCACUAUCCGCCGUGUUCUGACAAAGGCCCAAGUCUGCAAAAUCUUUGCCUAUUGGAAUCAGACAUGCGAGUCCGAUGGAAGCGUUCCAUAACUGGAUCAGAUAAACAGCAUACCAAGCUUCAAGACUCGAAAAGCAUCGGAUCAUACAUCCAGGCUGUAAAAGGCAACAAUAUAUUCAAAUUCUGUCAGGCGCCUUCGCUGAUAAUUCUCGGAUGUGCUAAGUUACCUGUUGCAUGGCUGGACAGAGAUUGCGAAUGUCGUGCUCAGCUUGCGGCACAGCUCAAUCAGAUCUGCGAAGUGGCGCCACCGUCUUCAAGAACCCACAAGAAGAGUGCCGUGCACGGCUUGAUCUGUCCAACUACAUUACUUCAACCGAG